AUGGCGACCAUUGACCAUUAUCACAGCGAAAUGUUUAGAGGAAUCUCGCCAUGUCACGUCAUUUACCUGGCUGGGGUAUUUAUUACAUUAUUUUAAUUCUUACCAGGCGUUUGAUUGUCUUAGCCUAGAUAUUCUCAAAACUACUUGGGGACGAGGAGGAGUUGACCCCCAGGGCCCAGAGGGCCAAACUGGAUAGUCUUACAAACUUUUGGAGCAGAAUGUGACUGCUGUGAUGUCAGGUGAAAACGGUUUGUUAAUUGACGAUAUAUCAUUCUUUAUCUGUUUAGAAUACCUUUCAUUACGAUUCAAAAUUGUGGACCAACAAGACGGACCAUAAUCCCUCUGCGGGAAAGACCCUGCUCGAUGAUCAAGAAACAAAAUUACCCACCUACUGGAGCACACCAUUCACUAAGAUCUGCCUCGCUAUGAAGAUCGGCCAUCAAGUUAAUUCGAUCGUCAUCAACAAACAAGCCAACUCCUUACACUCCCUGAUCGCUGACGGAAAAUACCGUUUGACGUCACUGGGUCGUGACACCUGGAAGAAGCUGAUUGGCCAACAGGCAUCGCUGCAGAGAAAUUGUAACCGGGAAGGGUUCAAUUCUCGUGGGUCGCCUGAUCGCAGCAAAGCAAGAAUAGGUAUCCUAAGUAACGAACAAGACGACUGUUUUUCCCCUAACUCCAGCAUUGGGUUUGGUAUUGGUGGUUUGGAUUAUAUUGACAACACCUGUGGAAACGCGGCCUUCCAUCAACCAGACAAUGGUGACAAAAACUUUAAAGCGAUGGGCUACAUCCUGGUGCAAUGA